UAUAAUGUCACUCACGCACAUGGCGGAAGGAGUAGAGAGAGAAAGAGAGAAGAAAGUGGAUGCAGCUGUUAAUGGUGUCUAUCUUUUGUACUUUGGAGCGCGAUUCGGUCUUCCCAAAGCAAAAGCCAAAUCCUUUCACACCUUCGUUCCUCUACUCGUGACUUGUAUGACAAUAUGAAGCUAAACGGCGUUCUACUGUUACCUUUAACGACCUUAUCUUCAGAUCCUCUUUGUCCUUAACCGCAACGGACCGUCCAAAAACCCUAAUAUGCUUCGCCGAAAUUCUGUUACAAGGUGAGGCUUGCACGUCCACUGUGGUCUAUAAUAAUUCUGAAGAAUCAAACUGUGAGGGGCUUAUUAGAAACUUGGCAAUCCCAAAGAGUACCUAGAAGGCUUAAACAGAUGUGGAGAACCAGUGCAUUCCAUGGACCUUAUGUCUGGAAAGAAACAAGAAGCAUACAAGUGGAUAUUGUACGUCCAGACUAUAGAUCAUUGUGACGAUGAUAUUUAUUUUUGUAGUGAGGGUCGGUGCUGGUCUUUCAUUCCUUUUUUGAUGGUUAGCAUUUGACGAAGGAUAGGCCAAAGAACUUUAGGAUUGUGAAGAAGUAUAACUCAGCAAAGAUGCUGUUCAACAAAGACAUUGAAGGUCUGCUUGAUGAUGGAUUUGAUGGGUCAGUUUAUGAGACUCAGCUAUUUGCAGACGUGUUCUUCGGAAAUGAGAGCAGUACCAAUAGGUGUCCUGUGGCCGGAGUUAUCAAUUUUGAGGGCGACAUUACUAGCCAGACAGAUGAACCUGGACAUUUGUGUGUUGAGAAUUCCGCAUUGACACUACUUCAUGAUUCUCAUGACGUAAAGGAAGAUUCUAGAGAAGACCCAUGUGAAAAAGAGCUAACCAAUAGUCAUGUGGAAAAGGAAUCUGACCCAUUAACUUCUUUGGAUAGAAUACCUGCAGAUAUAACACAGCAACCCUCUUUCUGCCCUUCUCAGAGUGUGUUAUGUCAUAUAGUUGAAUCUUCGAACCAAGGUGUUAAAUCAAGUUCGUAUUUGCAGAAGUGGCACGCUGUGCUGGACCAAAGUCACAUGCUUGGUGAGGUGGAUUCAUCAAAAUUAAGAUCGUCUAAAAUAGAAGGAAAUGGAUGGAAGGAUGUAGCUGGUAAAGCAAUUGCAUCACCUGCUUCUCAGGAGAGCUAUGCAACUAAGUUGUUGGUUGGCAGUGUCGCAAAGCCGUCAGGGAUUCGUCGACCACCCAAGCCAAAGUGGAGGGACCAUUGCUUUGUAGAACUGGAUGAAGCUGAAUUGUCAACGAUUAAGGGUUCUCCAAAUGACCCUCGCCCUCUUCUCCGGUACCACAUCCAUCGUUUGCUCAGAGCAGCAGGAUGGGUAGUUGGAAGGCGUAAAAGAAACAAUAAAUUUCAUGGAAUUGGUGAGUAUGUUUACAAGUCACCUGAAGGAAGACCAAUCCGUGAAUUCUGGAGGGCCUGGACCUUGUGUGGGCAGAGUGUGUUUACUUAUGCAGAUUGUAUUUUGCCAGAAGUGGAUUGUAGGUUGUGGUCUGAUAUGCAUCAAUUUUUGGGUGACCUAUCUGCUACAGUGAUGGAGAUUGAAGAAAAACUGGAUACCUUGGAAACAGCUUCUGCAUUGGCUCGGCUUUGGUGUCUCCUUGAUCCCUUUGCAAUUGUGGUGUUCAUUGACAAAACAUUACGCUUUCUCAAAGAAGGAAAAACGGUUAAAGCCAAAAUGACUUUGGUCACCACUCCUAUUAAAAAUGACACAUUAAAGACUGUGGGCACUGCAGGAAACCUGUUUGCUGAGAGGUUGUUGCAGAACCAGCCUUGCAGCUCUUCUUUAGUCUCAGAUAGUGCUUUGACAAGUCUUGAGGGAGAUAAAUGGAUCCACAAGGAGUAUGGUGAUGAAAGUUCCCUCAACUUAACAGACUCACAGAUGGGAGAAGGCAAAUAUCUGAAUGGCGUAUCUUAUUAUUAUCCUAAUGAAAGAUCCAUGUGCUUAAGUGAUACUGUCAGUGGCGAUGCUAAUAAAUACAGGAAACUCUUGGAAAAUGGUAAAGAUGUCCUGGAUUUAGCUCCUUUACCAGCUUGUGGGUCUGAAAGCACCAGUGAGCAUGCUGGAUCUUGUUUGUUUGAGGUUCCUAUUAGUUCAGGAAAUGCACUAAGCUCGCUGGGGGGAGCUAAUAAUGUUCUUACUCAGCAAGAUAGCAACAGUAUACCUCUUGCGGCAAGUUCAGUCUUGAAAAGGAAGGCCUCAAAGAAAUCAAAAAAGUUAUCAGAAAUGGAAUUUACUAAAGGCUGCCAAGAUGAGAAGUUUGGUACAUCUUAUAACAAGAGUGGAUUGCAUGAAGUCAGUGGAUCUGGCUUACAAAUACAUUCAAGACCUAAGGGAUAUUUAGUAGACUACCUGGGGAGAGCUAGAGGUCAUCAAGGGCAGUCCUUCCAUAGUUCAGAGUCUCAGGACAAUACUGAACAGAGCAAUUUCAAGAAGUUUAGGCAGACAUUGGCUAGUUCUAAGCAAUUGAAUCAGUUUAAUGUGCACAUGAAGUUCAACUCUGGGAAUAUUGACAAUGAUAACUCUCUGCGAGGAAGUAUUGAAUUUAAAGCAAUUACAAAUAAGCGCAAAAUUGGGUCAAAGAAACUUAAGACAUGUCGUCUUAGUGAUGACGAUCUCUUAAUCUCAGCUGUAAUUAGAAACAAGACAUGCAGAUCUGGCAACAAAAGGGGUAAAACUAAACCGCUGAGGAAAAGGAAGAGCCAGAAAAGCGGUUGCAAGUUGCUAUUACGUAGCCUCAACAAGGGUGGAAAGCACUUCAUCGAAGCAAAAUGGCCUACCUUUGCCUCAAGAACAGUGUUAUCCUGGUUAAUUCAUUCUGGUGUUGUUUCGCCAAACGAAGUGAUCCAGUACCGGAACUUGAAGGACGAUUCUGUGGUAAAAACCGGCGUAAUAACUAGGGAUGGUAUAUUCUGCAAUUGCUGUGACAGGGUGCUAUCCAUCUCUGAGUUCAAAAGUCAUGCUGGUUUUAAGCUCAAUCGUCCCUGUUUGAAUCUUUUCAUGGAGUCUGGUAAGCCAUUUACCUUAUGUCAGCUUGAGGCUUGGUCAGAUGAAUACAAGGCACGAAGAGCUCUUCCUCAAACUGGCCAAGCUGAGGAAAGGGACCAAAAUGAUGACAGUUGCGGGCGAUGUGGUGAUGGUGGCGAGUUGAUAUGUUGUGAUAAUUGUCCAGCUACCUUUCAUCUAGCUUGUUUGUUCACACCGGAACUUCCUGAAGGGAGUUGGUAUUGUCCACAGUGCACUUGCAGGAAAUGUGGGGACGUGGUUAAAUUUAGUGAAGCAUUGAGGUCCUCCAGUGCAUUAAAAUGUUCACAGUGUGAGCAUAAAUACCAUGAAGCAUGCAGUAAGCUAAGGGUUACAAAAGGCGGAGAAGCCUCUGAUACGUGGUUCUGCAGCGAAAGCUGUCAGGAGGUAUAUGAAGGUCUUCGCUCUCGAAUUGGGCUCAUUAAUCUUCUGACUGAUGGCUUGUCAUGGACUCUUCUGAGGUGCAUUCAUGGUGACCACAUAGUUCAUUCUGCUCAGCGGUUUAUUGCUUUGAAGGCAGAAUGCAACUCAAAGUUAGCAGUUGCCCUUACGAUUAUGGAGGAGUGCUUUCUUCCCAUGGUGGACCCGAGAACAGGCAUAGAUAUGAUACCCCAUGUAAUAUACAGCUGGGGAUCACAACUUGCACGAUUAAAUUAUCAUGGAUUCUACACAGUGAUCCUGGAGAAAGAUGACAUAUCAGUAGCUGUAGCAUCAAUUAGGAUCCAUGGAGUAACAGUUGCUGAGAUGCCCCUUAUUGCAACAUGCAGUAAAUACCGUCGCCAGGGAAUGUGCAGGCGCCUACUGAAUUCUAUACAGGAGAUGCUAAAGUGUUUCAAGGUUGAGAAACUUGUAAUAUCAGCUAUUCCAAGUUUAGUGGAAACAUGGACUGCUGGCUUUGGCUUUGAACUCUUGGAAGAUAGCGAGAAACAAAGUCUAAGUCAUAUCAACCUCAUGGUGUUCCCAGGAACUGUAUGGUUGAAGAAGUCUUUGUUUCAAGCUGCUGAGGCAGAUCAACUGAGUGCAGUUCAUCCGGGAGAAACAGCAUCCUGCCACGAAAAUGGCCUCACCAUUAUUGAGCCGAUUCAACAUCAUUUGCCAUCUCAAGAUGCCAAUGCAGGAGCUGAUGUCAGACACCUACCUCAGUCUGAGAGUUUGCAAUUCAAUGAAGAUCAAGGUGGUAAUAAUCUUGAUGGUCAAUUUUCCAUGACUUCCCAUGAGGAAUCAGCUGUAUGGUUUAUGGAAAACAAGAUUCUCGAUAUAGAAACUCAUGAGCCUGGGCAAGGUUGUGAAGGAAAUAUCUCUCAUAAAUAUUUAGAGCCUGAAACUGAAAUCAGGAAGUCGGACUCUAAUAAAUUACAACUAGAGGAAGUCCCAGAUGUUCAUGCUCUGCGUGGUGAAUGCUCAAAACUCUCUCAGGAAUUAUCGGUCGUGACGUUUAGCAGCCACCGGGAAGUAGGUUGUAGAGUAGAUACUUUGCAGAUACAUGAGGAAAGACAAUUUUGUUUAGAUGAAGUGUCACAGAGAAUUAAUGUAUUCCAAGGGAACGGGAAAUGACAUUGAUUAUUUUUUAGUUCUUGUGCAUAAUGCUAGUGGACUUUGUCAAA